AUGGAUCUCCUCGGAAAGCUCGCCAACCAAGCCGUCACCAACCUGGCUCAGACCCAGCAGCAGCAACAGCAGCAGCAGCCGCAGCAGCAGCAGAGCCAGUCGAAGACUGAUAACCUCCUUAACAAGCUGCACGGCCUGGCCGGCGGCGGCCCGGAGAGCGAGAAGAAGGAGGAUGCCCUCGAUAAGGGCAUUGAUUGGGUUCAGGAGCACAUCCUCAAGCAAGGUCCUCAGAACAACGAGAGCGCUGCUGAGCAAGCCAAGGACAAGAUCAUUGCCGACAUGAUCCGCGACGGGUUUCAGAAGGCCACUGGCAAGCCCUUCCCCAUCAAGGAAAAGGAGGAAGAGAAGCCUUCUGCGACUUCAGUCGUGUCCGGCCUUGCCGGCGCUUUUCUCGGGGGCAAGAAAUAA